AUGACAGACAAUCCGCGCCUCUACAUCCCUGCUGCUUUCCUCGCAGGUGUUCUUGUCGCUUUUGGAAUCAGAGAUACUAUAUGUCUCUAUUUUGAGCGCCACUACCGCCAGCGGCGACGAGAAGGUAGCAAAGAUGCACAGAAUGAACGACAUGCGUUUGGGGGGAUAGAAGCUAAAAAUGGUGACAUGAUUGGCGACAUGAAAUACUGCCUACCGUGCAAUCCUGGCCCACCCCCCAUUGUUGACGGGAUAGAAGGGUGCAUCGGAAACACUCCCCUAUUUAGGAUAAAGUCCCUCUCUGAAGCUACGGGGUGUGAGAUUCUCGCAAAGGCCGAGGCGGAAGAAAAAGGUCUUCUCCACCCUUACUCUGGAGACGCCAUUUACGAGGGCACCGUGGGAUCUACGGGAAUUUCACUCGCGACGUUGGCCAGAGCCAGGGGUUACUUAGCGCAUAUAUGCAUGCCAUCCGACCAAUCCACAGAGAAGUCGAAUCUCCUUCUCAAACUGGGCGCCAUAGUCGACCGCGUACCGCCAGCCCCUAUUGUAGAAACAGGACAUUUUGUAAAUAGAGCACGUGCUCUCGCGAAAUCACACUCUUCGUCUCCAGAGUCGUCUCCAGCUCACGCUUCUUCAAGAACCAGCCAUAACCCUCAUGCCACACACGAAAUAACUGAAACGCCAGAUGAGGAUCUGCUGGUUUCGCGAGCGGCUGGUAAACAAAGUCGAGGCUUCUUCGCCGACCAAUUUGAAAAUCCAGCUAAUUGGCAGGCCCACUUUCGAACAACUGGCCCCGAGAUCUUCGCCCAGUGCGAGAGCAAGCUAGAUGCAUUUGUUGCUGGUGCGGGCACUGGCGGCACGAUAUCAGGUGUCGCACGUUUCCUUAAGCCUCGGCUCCCCAAUAUGUCUGUUGUACUGGCCGAUCCGCAAGGCAGUGGGCUUUUUAAUCGCGUCCGUUAUGGAGUUAUGUUUGACAUGAAAGAGCGUGAGGGAACGCGGAGGAGGAGACAGGUGGAUACUAUUGUCGAGGGUAUCGGGAUUAACCGUGUUACCUUAAACUUUGAGGCUGGGAGGGAGUUGAUCGAUGAUGUUGUUAGGGUCAACGAUGCCCAAGCGAUUGCGAUGGCGAGGUGGUUGGUGGAGAAGGACGGUAUAUUUAUUGGGAGUAGCAGCGCGGUCAAUUCAGUUAAAACAGCCUUGAAACUCGGACCGGGACAUAGGAUCGUGACCAUACUUUGUGAUUCAGGGACGCGACAUUUAUCGAAGUUCUGGGAAAAAGCUGGCAAUGUUGCGGGUGCAGUUGAUACGAAACUUGAAGAUGUCCUCAAUGCAAAGGGGAGCGAGGAGUAG